UUUUUUUUUUUUUUUUCUAUUUUAUUCCAUCAUAGACCUUAUACUAUUGAUACUUAUUAAAGACAGACAUGAGCAAUACAGUGGUUGACGGAAAAGAUACCAUCAAAUUUGUUGAUGAAGAAGAUGUUCGUCAAACUGCCGAUACGGCUACUGCUCCUGACACAAACGAACAUGAAGAUAAAAAGUCGGAAGGAGAAGAAGAGGGUCAAAGUGCUGCUUUUAAUCCAGAAACUGGAGAAAUCAACUGGGAUUGCCCAUGUCUAGGGGGUAUGGCCCAAGGUCCAUGCGGAGAAGAGUUUAAGGCAGCUUUCAGUUGCUUUGUUUAUUCAGACGAAGAACCCAAAGGAAUAAAUUGUGUGGAAUAUUUCAAAACGAUGCAGGAUUGUUUCCGUAAGCAUCCUGAUGUUUAUGGUGAUGAGAUCGAUGACGACGAUGACGACGAUGACGAGCGGGAAAAGAGCGAUAAAUCCAACGAUAAUGAGACUACCACCACCACCACCUCCACUACAACUACAUCUGUGUCAACAACAGAGGAGAAAGCAGAAGAUACAACCGUUGCUUCUUCUAUGUUUGAAGAAGAAAAUGAGGCGGCGGAAUCAAAGACAAGUAGUUUCAGUUCAUGGUUAUCCUCAUGGUUUUAAACACAAAUAACAACUUUUAUGUAUAGUAAAAAACACAUCCAUUCUUCCAUUUAGAGCAAAACAGGAAUAUACUUGCCGUGAUGGCAUUCAUUUCACUUUUUAGGUACAACAAAAUAAUUGUAUCCUUUUUUUAAUUGACAGUUCAUCCGUCUAUAAAUAAUAACUUGUUAUUGAGAGGGAAAAAAUAAGAUGCGAGUGUUUGACUGAAAACUCGCCUAUGCGUCUAUAAUACAAAAUAUCCUGUCCAUAGAUAGAUAGUCGAUGAUAGUAGUAGCAAUGGAAACUUGAUUAGAAAAACUAUCUAACUCUAUAACCUAUUCAAGUGCAACCACCGAGACGAAUCGUCUCCAAAUGGUAUACUUUCUUACCUGAACAACGGCCAAUGCAACAUGCUUCCAUCCUCAUCUUGAGCUAGGAAGAAAAAAGCCAUCAAGGCGCGUCAUUGCUUGACAUUUCCACAUCAUUUUUUCAUACUACCUUCAAUAAAGUGAACAGCAGU